AUGGGUACUAUUAUUGGGUCGCAUAUACAAACAUUACCGCAAGCCAACAAUGCUGAACAUCAACCAACGGAGACGUCUGAUGAUAAGGAUGACGAUUUGGCGGGCGACGACGAGAGUCACGGAGAAUAUGCUGAGACCAAAGACCUCUGUUCAAUUGGAGUUCAAUCCGAUCUGAAAGACCAGGCGAUUUCGGGCUCGCUGUCUUCGAAGAGAGCCACACUGGACAUCGCAGCUAUUCACAUCUCGGGAAGCAUCUUUACACGACUAACACCCUCGCAAUUAUACGAAGUUUAUCAAGAGGAAGAUCCGGGCGAGAAAGCCAACGACUCAGCUGUGGACGAUGAGAGGCCCGGAAGGUAUGCCGAUACCAGCGAACUCUUUGCCAUUGGAGGUGCACAUGCCUUGGAAGACGACGCGAUGUCGGAACCCCCCGUCCAGAAGACAGCUACAUUAGACGGUGCGGCCAUUCGAAUACCAGGGAAGAUCCUCGUGCCCCGCACGCCAGUUUCGUCACAGCCCUCUGAAGACGAUGCGAUAUCAGAUGCUGUGGUUCCGAAGACAGCUACACUAGACGGUGCAGCGAUUUGA